CCUUCGUUUGUUCUGGAAUAACUUACCUUUUCGAUCACCAGCAAGCAUUGUUUACUACAGAGCAUCAUCGAUACAGUGAUACAUUACUUUUCAUGGUUAUUUGUGCUAAACACCAUCACCACUAUCACAGCAUAAACCACCAACACCACAAUCAACACAAUCGACACUACCACAACUUCCACUCAGUUGCCAAGACAAACGAUACCUACCUCUAGUUGUAUCGACCUCACGCAUCAAUCACCAAGCACCUAACAACCACUACAACACCAAACACCAAACACCACAUAUCACCCCUCACACAAAUAACACCAAACAACACAAACCAAACCACAACAACAACAACACCACCCAUGGAAGACCAAGAAUACUACCACAUGAUGACCUCCGACCUCGAGCGUCUCGAGCGUCUCGAGCGGAUCCACCACCACACAGCCGAAAUUCCUCGUCCAUCACCUCCUCCCCGCCAGCAAGCCUACCGCUGGGAUCCUUCUUACUUUGAUCUGCACCACGAACAAAGUACCGCAACCACAGCGACAACACAACGAUUGGGGACGACAACAACCAUCUCUUCUGCUACUUCGUCACCUACUUCAGAGACUGGUCAUAGACCACCGAGUCCGCUUUUGUCGGGGUUGAGAGGGAUGGUGCUGGCGGGGUUGGAUGUGCUGCAUUUACAUCAUGCACAUGGCUCGCGACCGCAUUCGUCGCAUUCGUCGCAUUUAAAUGGGAGCGAAAAUGGGAGCGGGAGUAAGAAUAGGAGGAAUUCAUCGGGGAGUCAGGGUGGUCAUUGAUAAGGGAGUGAGACGAGGAUGAGGGAAGGAGGAUGGAUGGAUGAUUUGACGCCUUUUUUUUAUAUUUUGUUUCAAUCAAAAGGAGUUCGGGGGAGUUUUGGGUCUGGUUUUGCAUCAUCAGGAAGCAAGGUAAACUGUUUUUGUUUACUUGAUACUGGA